AUGGCAGGCAACCAUUCUAGAGGAAGGCAACCUCGAUUACAAAUCCGUGGUCCACCAAGUUGGAGGUUUAGCAAGGGGGUAAUCUCCCCUUCUCGUGAAAACUGCAUGGUUACGGAUACGAGUACUAGGAGUAUUUCAUCCUUUCUCGAGGCAUCAGAAUACCAGCAGCCAUCUGCGCGUAUGAAUGCAGCAAGUGAAAGCCAACAGGAAGAUGGUCGCAUGAGGAGUAUACUGAGCACGAGAACCAAACUUAAGAUCGGCUUCUGGAAUGUCCUUACCAUGUACGAGACAGGAAAGCAGGCUCAAUUAGCAGAAAAAAAUGGUAGACAUCACGAGGGAGUAGCAAUUAAUCUGAGUAAAGCAGCAGCGAAGUCACUGAUAGAGUACCAUCCUGUAAAUGAGAGAAUGAUGAGAGCAAGACUCGACACAAAGCCAAUUAAAACAUCCAUCAUACAAGUCUGCUCUCCUACUAAUGAGGCAGAAUAUGAAACUAAGCAAGACUUCUACGAAGCACUACAGGCCGAACUUGAAAAGAUUCCAAAACAUGAUUUAACCAUCAUCAUGGGGGAUUUUAAUGCAAAAAUAGGCCAAGACAACAUUAGAUAUGAUAGAGUCAUGGGAAAAUAUGGCUGUGGUACCAUGAAUGAGAAUGGUGAACAUCUUGCAGAGUUUUGUGGUUACAACAACUUCGUUAUAGGUGGGACGUUAUUCCCACACAAGGACAUACACAAGCUCACAUGGAUAUCUCCCGGACGAAGAGGCAAAAAUCAGAUAGACCAUAUUGUUAUAAAUGGAAAAUGGAGGCGAUCUCUUCGGGAUGUGAGAGUAAGACGAGGUGCAGAUGUAGGCAGUGAUCAUCACCUUGUAACUGCAGAUUUUAAACUUACACUGAUGAAAACUAUACCCAAGUACAGCUGGAAAAGAUUCGAUGUUGGCAAGCUUAGUGAUACAAAAACCAAGCAAGAUUUUAGAUUAGAACUGAGAAACAGAUUUUCUAUCUUGCAAGCUAGUGAUAUAGACGAAGAGCAGAUAGACGAACACUGGCUGAAAGUAAAAGAUAAAUUUAGCAAUAGAAGUGAGAAAGUUAUUGGCUUCAAAAAACAGAUACACAAAGAAUGGAUAACACGAGGUACAUGGAAACUCAUUGACAGCAGAAAAGAACUAAAGAAGAGGUUGUGCAACACACACUCAGAAAGAAUAAAAGAGAAAUUAAGAGAACAAUACUCUGACUGA